AUAGCGCAUGCUUGAAAAUCGCUAAGAAAAUUCGUCACACGUCGUGCUGCAAAAGAUCUUACUCUAAAAUCGUGCAAUCUACGCCAAAAUGGGUAAGGAAAAGACGCACAUUAACAUCGUCGUAAUCGGCCAUGUCGACUCUGGCAAGUCGACUACCACCGGUCACCUGAUUUACAAGUGCGGUGGUAUUGACAAGCGUACCAUCGAAAAGUUCGAGAAGGAGGCCCAGGAAAUGGGCAAGGGCUCGUUUAAAUAUGCCUGGGUUUUGGAUAAGUUGAAGGCAGAGCGUGAGCGUGGUAUCACCAUAGAUAUCGCUCUGUGGAAGUUCGAAACUGCUAAGUAUUAUGUCACCAUCAUCGACGCACCUGGUCACAGGGAUUUCAUCAAGAACAUGAUCACUGGUACUUCUCAAGCCGACUGCGCUGUUCUGAUCGUGGCGGCUGGUACUGGUGAGUUUGAAGCUGGUAUAAGCAAAAACGGUCAGACUCGCGAGCAUGCUCUGCUUGCUUUCACUCUCGGAGUAAAGCAAUUGAUCGUGGGUGUCAACAAGAUGGACUCCACUGAGCCUCCGUACCACGAGGCUCGUUACGAGGAAAUCAAAAAGGAAGUCUCCUCUUACAUCAAGAAGAUUGGUUACAACCCGGCGACGGUCGCGUUCGUGCCGAUCUCGGGCUGGCACGGCGACAACAUGCUGGAGCCGUCCGACAAGAUGCCCUGGUUCAAGGGGUGGACCAUCGACCGCAAGGACGGCAAGGUCGAGGGCAAGACCCUCAUUGAGGCUCUAGACGCCAUCCAGCCCCCGUCGCGGCCCACGGAGAAGCCGCUGCGCCUGCCGCUGCAGGACGUGUACAAGAUCGGCGGCAUCGGGACUGUGCCCGUCGGGCGCGUUGAGACCGGCGUGUUGAAGCCUGGAAUGGUGGUGGUGUUCGCUCCGGCCGCCAUCACCACCGAGGUGAAGUCGGUGGAGAUGCACCACGAGGCCCUGCAGGAGGCCAUGCCCGGCGACAACGUGGGCUUUAACGUCAAGAACGUGUCGGUGAAGGAGUUGCGCCGCGGCUAUGUGGCAGGGGACUCUAAGAACUGUCCACCCAAGGGCGCAUCGGACUUUACCGCUCAGGUGAUAGUGUUGAACCACCCGGGGCAGAUCAGCAACGGCUACACGCCCGUGCUGGACUGCCACACGGCGCACAUCGCCUGCAAAUUCGCCGAAAUCAAGGAGAAGUGCGACCGUCGUACUGGCAAGACGACGGAGGUGGAGCCGAAGUCGAUUAAGUCUGGUGACGCGGCCAUCGUGACGCUGGUGCCGACCAAGGCGCUCUGCGUCGAGUCGUUCCAGGAGUUCCCGCCGCUCGGUCGCUUCGCCGUGCGCGAUAUGCGCCAGACCGUCGCCGUCGGCGUCAUCAAGAGCGUAACCUUCAAGGAGGUUACUACAGGUAAAAUCACCAAGGCCGCUGAGAAGGCCCAGAAGAAAAAAUAACUAUGGGGCACUCCA